AUGUUAAAUGCAUUUAAACGAAGAUUUCGCACUUUGCUGCAACGUUUAAUCCUGCUGGCCAUUUUAGCAGGCAUCUUCAUGCUGGUGGUGUCCUAUAUGAAUUUGGAAUUUUGCUAUAAAAUCAUGUCACAAAAUAGCUUAACUUAUAUGUGUAAAAAGUACAAAAAUUAUGAAUACAGUGGUUCGCUAUGUGAGGAAUUGUGUACGAAUGAACAGUCCUUUAAAUCCUUUAAAUGUCCUCAAAAUGAUAUGAGCACCAUUAUGUUUACAGCGGAGAAAAAUGGUGAUGUCUAUGCCAUUAAGUUGGCUCGCCAUAUAAAGGACGAUUUAAGUUGGGUGAAUAGACACGGCGAACAGGUUUAUCCAAAAAUAGAAAACUUCCAUCAUAUUGUUAAAAUGCAUAUCACUUUGACGUAUAAUGUAACACUGGAUGAUAAUAUGAUACGAGCCCUAGUAAAUCAAGAAAUCGAUCAAAAUAAUCCCCAGCAAAUGUUAAACUUUUGGAGACUAUUCAAAGACAAUAACUACAUGAUGAGUAAACUAUACGAUGAGGAGAAUUUAUUUCCCACAGUCUUGGGUUCAUGUGGUCCCUAUUAUGCCACCGAAAAUUUGAAUAUACUAAAAACUGAACAAACUUUAUUGCAAUAUAUUUCUUUCGAUUGGCAGAAGCGUCUUAAGUUUGCCUUAAGCCUUAUGGAAUUUGUAUUUAAAAUGGAUGAAAUGAAACCGGAGCCCUUGAGAAUGUGUAAAAUGAAAAUAAGCAAUUUUGGAGUAACGGGUGAUAAAAGAAUAAAAUACGAAAAUGCUGAACAUGUGUUUGUGGAAACACAACUCGAUAAACAUCUCUCAAAUGGCUCUCCCUGUGAAGAAGAUGUGGACUGUAAUUAUCAUUAUUGUAUGGGUAAAUGUGAUCAGGAGAAACUAAUAUGUUCGGGUGUACAACAAAACAAUAAUUUACAAAUAUUUUGUGAUCAAAUCCUAAAGGGUGGUGGCCUAUUUCCCGGUCUAUUAGCCUCCGCCAAAACUCCCAAAAAUCUCAUGAAACUAGUUAAAACCUGUAUAGAUCCUUCUAAGCAGGCCAAUAAUCAUGUGCCCUCUAGACAAUAUGCCCCAAAUGCAGAAUUAGCUUUAAGGCUUUAUAAUGAAAUGAAACGUUUGCACAAGACCACAGCAAAGACGGGCAAUUAGACUACUAAGUGAAGGAGUGUAAGGCAUAAAGAAAGAUAUAUUGUAGUGAGAGUUAAAGCUUUGUUCGGGUGCAUUAGUGCAAGUAUGUUAAUUCCUGGGAAAAAAACUAGAAGGGCUUCAAAAGUCCUUUUAAUAAUCUACUACUUUAAAUGAAACGUACUUUAUUUAUAUAUAGAUAAACCAACAAAAACAUGUAAACCCUCCUUAAAUUAGGGUACUUUGUAGUGCAACUAUAAGUCUAAAUUUUACUGCUAAUUAAUAUGUUUUUAUUAUUUUAAACAAAAAGUUUAUAAAAAAAAUUAACUUUAAUUAUUUUAAAUAAACUAUAAUCAAAAGGAAUUUAAAAGUUAGUUUUAUAUUACAAGGGAGAAGUUAAAACUAUCUGGCAAUGCGAUUUUUGAAGUUGUUAAAUGAUUUUAAGAGAUUUGGUUGCUGUCUUGGC